CUGCAUACAACCCACGGCGUCGACAUAAAAGCCCUGCCACCAAUUUUUCUGUAUUCUGUGGAACAUGCGCCUCGUGUGCUAUUGUCGACGUGCCCGAUGAAGCCCACACUGCGACAGCAUCGGCUCGAGCAACUCUCGCGGCCGUCCAACUAGAGGAGCAACCAUCGGCACCACACCCCUCCAGACAAGCACGACAGCGAGCUUCACCAAACCACCUUCGACAUGGCCGGGCAGCCGGCGAUUUUCCAUGCCCUGCUGCGGCCCGUGAUCCUGCAGGUGCUCCGCGCGGCGGGCUACCACGCGACGCGGGGCGCGGUGCUUGACUCUCUGACGGACCUCGCGGCGCGGUACCUGCAGACCCUGUGCGAGAAGACGGCAGCGCAUGCGGUACACGCGCGCGGCGAGGCGAGCGACUACACGGUGGUGGAGCUGCGCAUGGCGCUGCAGGACGUGGGCGCGCUGCAGCCGGAGCGGACGCCCACGGACGAGCACUGGCGCCAGAACGGCGACGACGGCGACGAGGACCUGCGCGGCGUGGACGAGUUCCUCGAGUGGUUCUCGGGCCCCGUCAUGAAGGAGCUAAUGGAGAUGGGCAAGGGUGACGGCGAGUCGGAUGCGACCGACUACUUGAGCGCUCUUAAGAUGAAGCACAGCAAGGCGGGCGAGGAUUCGAAAUGGAACGGCACCCUCAUCGGGAAGCCCCUCGACGCGGUCGCGGACAUUCAGGUCGAGGGCGGACCGAUCAUGAGCAUCGACGACUGGGUCAUGGAGCGCAGCCGCGCGUACUUUACACCGCCGCCGCAAAUCGACGACGGCGACGACAACGACGAUGCGGGACACCGCGCGGGGCAGGAGGGGGCGCAGACAAACGGCCACCACCAUGCGUCGUCGCCGUCGGCAGCAAGCUCGGGCCUCAGCUCGGUCGGCGACAGGCUCGACGAUGGUCACGAAACCGAGAAGAUGGACCUGACGUAGGAGUCGGGCCAGAGGACGAAGCUGCCAAAGGUCGCGAGACAUACCACAACGACGACGACGACGACAAAGGCGGCGAAUAAAAAGAAUAAGACGACGAAUUGUCGUCGGAGCGGCGGCAUCUCCCGCUCAGGGCGGAGCGAUAUCCCCUCUGCCGCCGAGGAGAGGCAGCUGGAUCGCCACGGGGAGGAGCCGCCGUGGCCAGAGAAGCCGACACACCACUUGCCGCGAAAGUCCGGCAGGAUAAGGCGGCCCAAGAAAUUUUUUGACGACGAGCAGUAGAGGGAGCACUCUCACCCUCUAGUGUCGUCGCUCCCCCUUUGGGAUAACCAACGGGUUCGGUUCAUGCGAUACAAUGCAUAGCGAUGGAGUUUUUGCGUGUCUGCGUGUGUGUCUUUUGGGUUCCUUCUCUUUUCCCUCCCCUUUCCUACUUUGCCCGCCAAAACUCCUUAUUGGGCCUUUUCUUCCCUCUCCAUUUUGUCCCCGGAUAGGAGGAGAGUGUACGCGCCCUCGAUGGGUUUGUACGCGGGCAGGCGAGAGAAAUAGGGCUAGAUAGAUUAAAGAAGACCGCGCGGGUCCAAGCAGGGUUAUGGGACGCGGUCGAAAAAUGACACGGGAUGGGAAGCUGCGGCUGGUUUGGUUUGGUUUGGGUUUGGAGUAGGUAGAUACGGGUGGGCUUUCUUUCGGGGGCCUCGCUAUUCGUAAUAAUGCUACAUACAUGCAUG